AUGAGCAACGCUGAGAUAAUUGGUUCUACAAAUCCCAUAAUUCUGCUGGAGGAUGAAGUCUUUGCCGAUUUUUUCAACACAUUUCUUUCUCUCCCGGUCUUUGGCCAGGCCCCGUUUUACACAGUUGAAAAUGCACAGUGGAGCUUGUGGCCAGAAAUACCUUAUGACUUGAUCCCAAAGUACAAAGGAUUAUUGACCUGGUUGGGAAAAUACCGGUUACCUUUCUUUUGUAAAAGCAACUUGUGUUUCCAUUACAUUCUCUGUCAAGAAUUCAUCAGUUUUGUUAAUUCCCCAGAAGGAGGCGAAGAGCUGGUGGAUUUCUGGAUCCUUGCGGAGAAGAUCCUGAGCAUAGAUGAGAUGGACCUGGAAUUGAGAGACCACUACCUGUCUCUCCUGCUUGUGCUGAAGGCCACCCAUCUUCAGGAGGGUUCACGAGUAGUGGCUCUCUGCAACAUGAACAUCAAGUCCCUCUUGAACCUCUCCAUCUGGCAUCCCAACCAGUCAACCACCAGGAGGGAUAUCUUGAGCAACAUGCAGAAAGUGGCUCUGUUCAAACUCCAGAGCUACUGGCUUCCCAACUUUUACACCCAUGCCAAGACCAUCAUAGCUAAGGAGGAGUCAUGCCAGGGCCUGAUGCAAGAAUAUGAGACUCGCCUCUGUAGUAUUUGCUGUACCCAUGCAGGAGGGCUCCCUCUGAACAUGAGCAUCAAGAAGUCCCACCACCCCCAGAAGCACUACUCGAGCAGGAAGACAAAGCUGAAGAUGUGGCAGUUGAUAGAUCAUGCCUCUUGGUCUCUAGAAUUGGAUACCAAGCCAGAUAGCAAUUCCACACCUUCCCAGGAGACCUGUCCUAAGGCUAAGAUGGUUAUACAAAUGCCUUGCCUGAAAAAGUCCUCUUCAAGGGCAGGAAUAACCAGUUCCCAGGGAGAGGACAGUUGCUGUGCCAGGAAGUCCAACAUGAAGAAAAAAGCCAAGAGCCACCUCCACAUGGAAGGCCUCUUUGAGACAAAGUUCUCUACUCACCUGAGGACUGCCACCCCCAUCAUCCGUCACUCCCCCCAGAUGACGAUCAAGAAGGCCAUCAAGCAAAGACUCUGCUCAGGGUACACCCACUGGGCCUUGUGUGCUGAUGCCUGUGCAGGGAGUCCCUUCCGGGAUCACCUGAAGAAGCAGAAUUUGAAAACAGAGAUCCAACUCCUGGAUCUCUGGCAAGACCUGCACCAUUUCCUCAGCGUCCUGAUGAGUAACAGGAAGACUGGGAACGCCAUCUUUUGGCACAUGCUAGGCAACCGAAUCUGUGAGCUCUACCUAAAUGAAGAGAUUGGUCCACAGCUACCGCUCAAAUCCCAAACCAUUGAAGGUCUGAAGGCACUGCUGCCUUCUGGGAGUAUGAACCCCUGGAUCCCCAGAGCCCAGGAGGAGAUCUGCCAGAUGCUCAGCCCCUUGUAUGAUGAGUUCCUGGAUGAAGAGGACUACUGGUUUCUCACUUUUUCAACUCAGACCAAGUUCAUCAGCACCAAGUGGCAUAAGAGAGAGUCUAUAAGCAAAAAGGAGAACAUCCUUCUUUAUAAGAGGUUUGAGGAAUCCCUGGCGUUAAGCCAGGGCUUGGCGAACAUGGAGGAAAUGGACUCUAUGCAGUGGCAAAAACUGGCUACUGAGGACCUGAGACAAGGCGGGUCUCUCCAGGUAGAACUGAAGUCUCCAGUGUUUCUGACAGACAUAGAGAAAAUGUCCUUUGAGGAACUCUGCUAUAAGUAUCCAAAGGUGGCCAUAGAGAAGAUCAGUGAUGACUACAAAAUAUACUGUGAAAAAGCACCUAAAACAGAUUUUACAGUGAAAAUCGACAGAGAACCAAAGAUAUAUUUAUUCGCAAAUAGGAAAACGUCCAUAAAAAAGUUUGGUGUUGCAAGGAAGCCUUCGGUAAGACCCAGAAACCUGACGGAAGUCCUCCUAAAUACAAACCACUUGGAGUUCUUCAUGGAGUUCCUCAGAGAAAGGAACGCCGAGGGCCCCCUGGAAUUCCUGGUAGCCGUACAGAAGAUCAGUAUGGAGGCGAAUGAAUACAGUAGCAGGUUGCUUAUUGAAAAUACUGUCAGGACUUUCUUCCAUGGCUCAGUCUCUCCUGAAGAACUGCUGAUGUGCGACACCCCUCUCAUCAAAGAAAUCUCUCAGAUGCGUUACGUCAGCACAGCCUCACUGUUAGCUCUCCAGAGCGUCGUCCUGAAGUCUCUGGAAGAAAAAUGGUUUAGAGAGUACCAGGAGCUGUUCCCAGCCUUCCCUCUGGAAGGGCAAACUCCAGCACGAGCUGUGCCCAGGAAGGCCUCGAAGAACGCGACCACUCACCUGCACGAACCCCAGAAGAAAGUCUGGACGAAAAUGACCAACUUUAUCAAGAGCUUUUGCAAGUACCGUAGAUAUAUGUCCAACGUCAGCAUGCGCCAGGAAUUUGAAGAAUAUCUUCACCUGGAAGUACAAAACAAGGAAAAUAUCCCUGCAUCCCCCACUGUACCCGUCCGCCCACCCCCCCAUCAAACAAAUGUCCGCAGUGCAGAGGAGAAUGGCGAUAUCAUCCUUAUGAAGCGCCGUAUAUUUGGCCACAGGAUUAUCACCGUCAACUUUGCCCUCAAUGAUUUGUAUUUCUUUUCUGAAAUGGAGAAAUUUAACGACUUGGUGAGUUCGGCUCAUGUGCUACAAGUCCACCGGAACUACAAUGAGAAUGAUGUGGUCCUGAUGAAGUCCAAGAUCAGCGUCAUCCUAAGGCUCUACCUGCAGUCGGAGGUUCCUCCAAAGCUGAGGGUGAACAUCUCUGAGUCGCAGAAGGAGACCAUCCUUGCUGCCAUCACAGAGGGCCGCCUCGAUCGGAGCAUCUUCCACGGGGCUAUCAUGUCUCUCUUCCCCAUCAUUAUGUACUUCUGGAAAAGGUUUUGUUCCUGGAAGGCAACCCACUCUUACUUCCAGUACAGGGGCAAGAAGCCGAGUCACAGAAAGUCUUCUUCUAAAGCUGUGUGCAAGUACCCUGCUUGGAGCGGAGGAGACCACGCCAUCUUAAGAUUCUCCUUGCUCAGAGGUGUCGAGUGGCUGCUGCCUCCGCAGCGAGAAGUGGUCGCGAAUUCAGUCCAGAACUCUUCAUCGAGCAACCUGACCCAGCCAGGAUACACCCUCUCCUCCAUGCAGCUGUUUCCUGCCCCAGGGCAAAAAUUGUCCACCACCAAAAAGGAGAAGAAAUAA